AUGGGAACUCUUCGAGAUCGAUUUACUAACUUGUUGGCUAUUGUGUUCGCUGGGCUGCUUGCCCAGCUGUUCGGUAUUUUGUUGGCUAUUGUGUUCGCUGGGCUGCUCGCCCAGCUGUUCGGUGACUUGUUGGCUGUCGUGUUCGCUGGGCUGCUCGCCCAGCUGUUCGGUAGUUGGUUGGCUGUCGUGUUCGCUGGGCUGCUCGCCCAGCUGUUCGGUAGUUGGUUGGCUGUCGUGUUCGCUGGGCUGCUCGCCCAGCUGUUCGGUAGUUGGUUGGCUGCCGUGUUCGCUGGGCUGUUCGAUAGGGUGUAG